AUGGCCGCGCAACCACCUCCGCCUUACCAGCCCAGCGGUGAGCAGGGCGCCAGGGGCGCUGCGCCCGCGACCAACUUACCCGGUCAGCCUAUCGCCAUGCAACCCAUGGGCCAGCCUGGCAUGGACACCUCUGGGCAGAAGGUGACGCCGCUCCACCUCAUGAGCGAGGUGCCUGAGUGGGUGGACUGCCAAAUGUGCCACCAGCGCACUCGCACGCGCAUCGAGAAAAAGGGCGAGGGCAUGCAAUUUCUCACAGGUGCCCUCCUCUGCCUCGUCUGCAUCUGUCUCGCCCCCCUGCCUUGCUGCCUGCACUGGUUCGAGCAGACCAACUGGUACUGCGACAAGUGCGGUAAGCAGAUUGCCACGCGCACCCCCGAAUCGCCCGUCCAUGUCCUGCCUCCGCCUCACGCCCUCAGCGUGCCUUCGCAAUACGGCGGCCAGCAGCCUCCCCCUCACGGCCAAGGUCCCCAGGGGCCGAUGCCGCCGCACGUCAACCCCCAGGCUGGCGGCAUGCCUCCUCCUGGUCAGGCGCCCAUGUCGCCCCCGGUUGGGUCGCCGUAUGCUGGCACGCCGCCAGCCGGCGCUCCCAGUGGCGGCCCCGUGCCCAUCGAGCACCAGCACAAUCCCAACCCUGAGAUAUCCCAGGCGCCGCUCCCGUCGCAGGCUACCGGAGGCCCCGACUCCCUGCCCGUGAAGAACUAG